GAGAGAGAGAGAGAGAGAGAGAGAGAGAGUUGAGUGAGAGAUGAAAAGCAUGCUAAGCGAGAGAGAAGCACUCACACUGAAGGAGGCAGAGGCAACAGCUCCAGCAACAGCACGCUCCUUUCCCAUCCUCCCUUUCCUCUCUCAUAAUCCCACAUCCACGCCGAGGGAGAUGGAGGGCACCCAGACCCGCUGAGGAGCACUGUUUAGAGGAGAGGAAAGCUCACAUGACCCCCUCCCCCAUCCCCUCCUGUGAGUGUCCGGAUCAUAUUUUUGGGACAAUAACCAACGAGGACUGAACCGGGGGUGUGUACACAAGCGAGCCUGCUGGCAGGAGGGAAAAGAAGGCAGGGAAAAGAGGGGGGGGGGAUGAGAGGAAGGUUCGGUACAGCUGCUGAUGCCCGGGUCUGCGAGUGAGACCGAGACAGACUGAGGAGGGGAGGGCGGCACAUGUGGAGCAGUGUCAACUCGUGGGCCCAAGACGAGGGGAAAGAAGAUUCACAUACGCACACAGCUGGACAGAUGAGGAGACAUCAGGGACCACGCUUCAGUCCUGGGUGUGUGGUGUACUGACCCUGCCUGUGACAGGCAAGGAGUCAGAGGGCCAGGGCCAUGAUUGGCUCUCCUGGCUCUGCUGGGUGUGCCUUAGUGCCAUGGCCGAGGAUGUGGCAAUGGGUCCUGGCUGCUUCUCUGGUUGCCGUGAUAACCUUGACGCUGCCAGGAAGAGGCCAGGCCUGUCCACCACGGUGCGAGUGCUCGGCUCAGCUGAGGUCGGUGUCGUGCCAGCGGCGGCGCCUCAUCAACAUCCCGGAGGGCAUCCCCACGGAGACACAACUCCUGGACCUCAGCAAGAACCGGCUCCGCUGGGUGCAAGCAGGGGACCUGGCACCGUACCCGCGGCUGGAGGAGGUGGACCUCAGUGAGAACCUUAUCGCCACAUUAGAGCCCAAUGCCUUCGCCACCCUCCAGAGUCUUAAAGUGUUGAAGUUGAGGGGAAACCAGCUGAAGUUAGUGCCCAUGGGGGCUUUCGCCAAGCUGGGCAAUCUGACCAGCCUGGACCUGAGCGAGAACAAGAUGGUGAUUUUAUUGGACUACACCUUCCAGGAUCUGAGGAGUCUGAAACAUCUGGAGGUGGGAGACAACGACCUGGUUUAUAUCUCCCACAAGGCGUUCUCAGGGCUGCUGGGGCUGGAGGAUCUCACAAUAGAGCGCUGCAACCUGACAUCCAUCUCUGGCCAGACGCUGUCCUACCUGCGCAGCCUGGUCACCCUUCGCCUCCGUCAUCUCAGCAUUAUUGCCCUGGAGGACCAGAACUUCCGAAAGCUCUCCAACCUGCGGGGUCUGGACAUUGAUCACUGGCCGUACCUGGAGUACAUCUCACCUGUUAGUUUCCAGGGCCUGGACCUCCACUGGCUCUCCAUCACCAACACCAACAUCACCUCUGUCCCCUCUGCUUCCUUCAAGAACCUGGUGCACCUCACACACCUCAACUUGUCCUACAAUCCCAUCAGCACACUAGAGCCCUGGGCCUUCAAGGACCUGCUGAGGCUGAAGGAGCUCAUCAUGGUAAGCACAGGGUUGAUGACAGUGGAGCUCCAUGCCUUUGGAGGCCUUCGACAGAUCCGAGUUCUCAACUUCUCCUCCAACGACCUGCAAACUCUGGAAGAGGGCUCCUUCCACUCUGUCAACAGUCUGGAGACCCUCAGAGUGGAUGGGAACCCCCUGAUGUGUGACUGCCGUCUGUUGUGGAUCCUGCAAAGACGCAAGACCCUCAACUUUGACGGCAGAGUGCCGGUGUGUGCGGGGCCGGUGGAGGUGCAAGGGGUCAGCCUCAGCGCCUUCACCGAUUCUGCACUCUUCGAUCACUUUACAUGCCAGAAACCUAAGAUACGCAACCGUAAGAUGCAGCAGGUGAUCGCUCGUGAGGGCCAACCUGUGAGUUUUCUGUGUCGAGCUGAAGGAGAACCUGCACCCGCUAUUGUCUGGAUUUCACCACAGCGCAGACGGAUCACAGCCAAGAGUUCAGGGCGCAUUACCGUUCUCCCUAGCGGCACCCUGGAGAUCCGCUACGCCCAGCUUACCGACAGCGGAACAUACAUCUGCAUCGCCAGUAACGCCGGAGGCAAUGACACCUACUUUGCCACACUCACGGUGCGUGGCCAGCCGCUGGAUGCCGCCUCAGCCUUCUUUCUCAACCGCUCGCUGUACAGCGGCGAGUUCUUCAACGACACAAAUCUGAACAGCACGCGCGUUUAUCUUAAGUUCACCUUGGACCUGACCACCAUCUUGGUCUCCACAGCAAUGGGUUGCAUCACGUUCCUGGGCGUGGUUCUCUUCUGUUUCCUGCUGUUGUUCGUGUGGAGCCGUGGACGUGGGCAACGCAAGAACAACUUCACAGUGGAGUACUCCUUCCGGAAAUCUGAACCCGUCACCGGCAGCUCCUCGGGAGGGACCAGGAAGUUCAACAUGAAAAUGAUAUGAAACAACGCAGCCAGGGGUCGCUCGGGGGAGGCAUGAGCACGUCCCAAAAAACGUGUUUGACACACGCAAACGCACACAGCCACUGACUCGCAAAGAAGUGUGAAAUCCCAAUAUAAGAUCCUGUCUAUUAUAGCUCUAUUCAAAAGUCCACAUCAAAAACACGCCAUGACACGAUUUGAUUUAAUUUCUAAAUGAAAACAAAAUAAUACCGAUCUCUUGGCCUCUCGAUGGUUUUAUAUUCAGCUUGCGGUGAAAAAGAUGUUUGAAUGAUACUGUAAAGAACUACAGUAUUAAUAGACUUCAAAGAGCUACCGUCCAUGCUUGAUAAGAAUAAUAGAGGAGAUAAGUUUUGGAAAUUGGCAUGAAUACUGAGCCGUGGGAAACCGGUAGCCCUGUCUCUUUGUUCCAGUAAUGAGAUAAUAAAAAAGAUUUCCUUUUUCAUUUAAAAUGUCCCUUUACUGUGUUGUGUGCAGUCCGGGAUUUUAAAAGAUAUGUGAUGAAGAGACCUGGCUACCAUCCAGUAAUAUCAUUUGCAGCCAUGCUCUUCUAAAGUCUGCCUUGUUAGGAAUCAUGCAUGUAGAAAUUUACGGAAAAAUCAAUUGAGAGUUAAGUUGUAAGUUCAUACCACCAAAUAAAACAAAUUGUUUUGAAAGACAGUUUGAAUCUGUUUUUCUAUAGAAUAUUUAACAGCCUCCUUCAUCUGUUCUGACCUUGGCUGAACCAUGAGGGUUCUCCAUUGACAUUAUCAUAUGGAUGUAAAAUAUGAACUGAUGUUAUCGGAUAAGAAGGACUGGAUUUGGACCAUUCAUAUAAAUGACAAAUAGACAAAAGAUUUGGCCUUUUUCCUCUUCGUCAGAUUUUGCGACAACGUUAGCUGUGUGAGUUUGGGACGAGCGCACUGGCCGAGAGCUGCCCGUGGCCCGGAGGGUUUGGUUAGGAAGUCAAGCCCACCGGACACGGGCAGCCACAGUAACCGUAGCAACCAACACAACAGAGAGCAAUUGGGACUGGGCUCGAGGCCAUAGGAGGGUCGCUGGGUAGAAGGCGAGGGAGAUAAAGAGGCCCCUACAUCACAAGCCCUCUGCUGUGUUGGUGGCCGCUUGACCUUCCCAGCGCUGCCCGGGGGGAGCAGCCCGGUGAGUUGGGUCAUACUCAGAGGCAAACAGAGGGCACACAGUCACACUGUCGGGGGCUUCAAUCUCACACAUCCACUCACUCCAGUAGUGGAAAACACAUAACACAGCAACAUAUGAAUAGCACCUUUCCUCAGGAAAAGUGAGCCUACGUAACCACACACACAUGCUCUGUUCAAAUAUAACAUUCCAGCAAUACUGUACGUAUUUAGAGCCAUAAAGCCAAAAUGAAUUCUCUAAGAGAGAAAUUGUGUAAAUGUCUGAGUGACGAAAAUAAGCCAUAGUAUGUGUAGGUUGUUUUUUAUAUAGUAGCGUGUGCAUGAUUCAGUUAUAUAAUGAUAUUUACUGCUACUGCCAUUGUGUUGUGAUGAUCAUAGGACCAUCUGCUGUCGCUGGGCUUGCAUAAAAUUGCACUUCAUAACACACACACAUAAACACACAUAUAAAAGUGAAGGUUGUUUGGAUUGAUAGGAACAAGAAUCACAGUUACACAUGAAUAAAUGCACGAAUUGAUGAAGCACCAUAGCAACUGACUGCUCUCUCUCUGCCUCUGAGACGGUCGGUGCGCGAAUGUCUCUGCCCCCCUAGCCCAGUGCAUCCCCCCUCCUCACCCCCAACCCCCUCACCCCCACCCCCACUGGGUCCUCCUUUGGGAGGGGUCCCUGGCUGGAGACCAAGGAUUCAAAUGUAAAUGAAGUCGUGUUAACCCUACCCACGCCAUGUGUAUCGUAUAGUGGAGAGUAGUACUGUGGUUUAAAAAAAAUAAUAAUAAUAACAAAAACUUUAUUUGAAGUGUUCUGUUACUUCUUGUUUUCAUUUCCUCAGUUGUUGUUCUCCGUGACCUUUUGGCUGUUUACUGUUUUAACGUUCCCCGUCCUCCGUGUGGGACUGUUCUGUUCUCAACACCCAAUAAAGUCCCCAUGUCAAAUGGAAUGGCAUCAAGAAAUGAGAUCUGAUCUAAAGCAGUGGUUCCUAACUGAAUAGAUGACCUUUUCUCGAGUUGAUGUGCAAGCUUUUCCUAAGUAAGCCUAUAAUUAAAAGUAUUUAUCAUCUGCUGCACCAUGCAAACUAGCUCUUACAUUGAGAUUAGUUGUUUACACACAGUAACAGUCGGGCUUUAACUGUUGCAUAACUAACUGACCCAGCUAAUGCUAGCUAACAGAUGACCCGUUCACAUUGAAGAGUAAAGGGAAUAUGGUCGACAUAUUUGACUUGACACUUGAUCAAUUUGCUGUUUACUUAUAAGGUAAAUUGGGAAUAUUUUAGCAAUAUCCCUCAAGUUACUAAACAGUAUGCCAAUUAUGUAACAGUAGUAUAAUCAAAGAUUUCGGCGUCAUUUGAAACUGCACGAAUACUACUAACUCUCAUCUCAAUUUACAAAGGACUAGCAGUUAAGUUAAAUGUUUGUUUUUUUAUUUUUGAAACUGACUCAAAAAGAGGUUUGCAGACGUGUGGUUUGUUUUAUUGACAAGAAGCGCAGUUUAACAUUUGAAAUCAGUUUUAUAGUGUCCAAGAAAUAGUCUACACAAAGACAUUAAGUCACGUUUUUUGCCUCAAGACAGCCUUGCGCGCACACAUUGCACACAUUGAGAGCUACUAAUUGAUACUGUCUGUCCUGGCUCUUGCUUAAUGUUAUUUAAAGAGUCUUUCUUAAUGUCCUCAGAUUCUUUGGCCUGAUAUUCUAUUUUCAGUCUGUUAUUUAUGUUCAAAGUUCCCUGGAGAUGUCAGGGGACAUUUGUUUGGCAGGGGACAUUUUAGACUAGCAUAAUGACUUUUGGUUUUGUACACCACAAAGUCAAACUGAGGGUGUUUUUAAACUAUUAAAACACACUAUGAAACCAGCUAGUUAAAGGACUACGCCACCGUUUCUUGAAACAGCGCUAAUCUCGGUUUCGCCCACGCGCCCAUGUAGCCGUGCUUCGACUGUGCUUCCACCCAAUAUAGUCCCAAGUCAAUAUCUUCCUAGGAAAUGGUCUAGUCUUAAUCUGCAUUGCUAUCUGUACUCGUUGUGAAUACGCAAGCCACAAGAAGUAAUUAGGUUCUUAUUGUUGUUUUGUUGGCUCACUUUUACUCACAACAUGUUAACCGGCCACAUAUAGGAUUCCAUUCACUACGCUAAGCUAACUAGCGGCAACGCUGGCAGUGUUGCACCGGACUAAAACCAUGCAUGCACUGAGACAAAAAAAUCCAUUGGCCCCCCCUAUCUCCAGCUAGGGGAGACAGUGAUAAACCCUAUUUCAACAAACGGUGGCGUGUUCCCACACAAACUUUAUGAUGGAUUUACUCAUGUCAUGAGGAGUACACAUCAUUUUUAGGGUCGUACUGUAAAAAGUUAGGAACCACUGAUCUAAAGCACUGUAUGAAGACAAGUUUACAGUUUGGAAAAUAAUUUGCCCCAAAGAAUUCUGAAAAGUUUUGCAAAAGAAAUCCUGCAAACUCCAUUUUAGUCCCCUGUGAGGGAUGACCCAACCAUGGCUUUUGUGUCAGGAUGAAUAACUCAACGGCUGAUUCACGAGGCCAAAUUCUUUUGUUUUUUUGUUUUUUGAACACCGCCUUUAACAGCGUCAGCGGCCAUUUUUGUGUUGAGAACAGGACGUCGCCUUUGUGGACGUCCCCUAUCCCUGAUCUGACCCUUUUGUGUUUCCAUUCCCCGGUAUUUCUCAGUGAAAACUAGGCUUAGAAGACAAUGAGAAUGUCUGUAGUGAUUGUCGAUGGUGUUAUUGUGCAAACAUCAAUCACAAAUGUAAGCGUAGAUGAGGGUGUUUUUUUCGUUGUAUUAUCUUCUUUUCCUCCCUUUUCUACCCUCCUUCUCUUCCUGUUCCCUGUCUUCUUAACAUUUCCAACCCUCGCUGUCCCUGUUCACAGUAUUAGGCUGGAUUAUGGUUGUGUGGUAGUAGACACGUGUUCUCUGUGGUCGCUGAGUCAGUGUUGUCGUGUUAGGAUUUCUUGCUCCUCGUGAUGCCAUCGAACACGGAGCAGCGAUAGGACCAGUGGAGACAAAAGAUGAAAGGGGUGACCCAGGUACCCUAAAAAAAAACAAAAAAACAUUGGUUCCCAUUUCACGCCCUGUACCCAUUCCCGAAAAAGCACUUCUCGAACUUUCCCAGUUCUGCUCAGUGCCGCUCUGGGAUCUUUCUCUGGAUAUGAAAACCCACGGACUGUACUGGAUGGAUUUUCUCUGAUGAUAUCUUGUCACACUUUAACUUGCAAAUGUAGAAAGGGGGGGGGGGGGGUUGGGUUGUUUUAUUUACACCGUGACUAGGAGCCCACACUCACUUUCUGCCUACUGUGGUUCACGGAGUCCUUUUGUGAAAGAAGCAGCCCAUUUCUUGAAAAUAGGCAUUGUCAUGUUGGUCAGGGUUGAAAAUAAGCAUUUGUUUGCACUCCCCCAGCGAGUCAUUGAAAGCAUCUUUCCUGUCCCCUCCAGCUUAAAUUUUCUACCCACGAAACAAAGUAAUACGUUAAACAUUUGAAUUGAAAGACACUGCCAAACAAUUGUUCAGCUCUCUUUUUUUUCUUCUUCUUUUUAAAGUUGCCUGUACACAGACUCUGUGUUUGUACACACCAGUUGAACUUAAUUCAUCUUCUCUGCCGUGAUACUUGAGAAAGUAGGCUGAGCCAUCCCCCCCCCGCUCCCUCAUCCCGUUCGCCCUUGCCUGGGGUUGGUGUACUCUAGUCUAGACGCCCCAUUUACUGCACCAGCAACCUCGCUACCUUCCACUGGGGAACUCUUCAAAGACGCAGACCAAAAUUAGACCGAGACACCAAUGUUCACGGAUUGAAUUAUUCAGUUUUUGGUUUUGUAACAAUGUUUCAACUCUAUUUCUCAAUUAAAGCUGGGGUAGGCAGUUUUCUAGAACAGGCAACAACCAAAAAACGGCAAAUAUUUGAAAAUACAGACCUGCAGCUCUCCCCUCUCUGACCUAACCCUAACCCUAACCCUGGCAUAUGCACACGCUUCAUACAGUAACCUGUAGGAGUAUUAGUCAUACAGUCAUUAUCCCAAUCAUGAUUGUGAUCCAGAUUCCGUUUAAUAGCUGCAAUUCUAUGAGAAUUACCGUCCUGUUUUCUUUGCAAACUUGGACCACAAGCUUGAGUUGAUAUACUGAGAUUCAAUGCUCUACUGCAACUAGCUGCAUGAACAUGAUUUAGAGUUAGCCACAGCCUUGAGCCUUUGACUAAGCUUAGCCAAAGGCUCAACUAUUAGCAACAUUUUCUCUCCAUCUCUGAAAAGCGUGGCCGACACUGCCCUGUUUUUUUGCAUUUAUUGUUAAACUCUUAAGACUCUCUUCUUUUUUUGGGUUGCUUUGCAGUGUAGGCCGUUGUUGCCGAUGCUGGAACAGCAACUUUUUCUGCAAGAUGUUUUUACCGUUGAAUACCCUUCCACCUUCUGUAGGGAUGUGCAUCUGCAUGUGUAGAACAGCCAAUAGGAAUGCUGUCUCUAUGAAAUGAUUGGUCACAGACUAGAUUUGUCUAAUGUUGUCUAACAGACUAGAUUUUCUAAACCCUUAAAAACAGAGCCAGGACGAGGUUUGGACCAAUUAAAUUGCAAUAGGCUGAAGGUUCUUAUGGAUUUUUCCCCAACAACACCAAAGAAAAAUUGCUUACCCCAGCUUUACAGGGCCAGUCCUCUCAGUUGUUAUUUGGCCAAAAACAAUGAAUUUUCACAUGCAUUACCUUGCUUUUCCUAUCAUCUUAUCAUUGCCUUAUUCUAUAUUCUCUGUACUAAAUUAAUCCAGCUCCUAUUCCAGAUCCUAGAGCUGGUGUUACGAUUGGAUUGGUCCCGAGUUGAAUUAUGAGAGCUGAGAGGAGCGGUAAUUGGAUGACGGAGAAGUGAGCCCGGCUGAUUGGGUGAUUACUUGGCUUAUUAGUUCCAUUUCCAUAACGGACCUCUCAGAACACUGUGCCAUACAAAUACUGGAGGCUAAAAUCCUGGUGUUAUUUUAGCUUCUCCUUUUUUACACAUAUGGUAAUUUAUUCUAAUUGGACAAAGGGAUCAUAAUGCAAAUCAGUCAAUGUUAAAUGACAUUCAGGUUUAAUUGGACAUGUAUCAGAGCAUUGCUGAAGGACGGUUUAAAGCACCUUGAACAGCACAACUGCUUCAUCUUAACCUUGACCAGACAAAUGCAACUGCCUCCCUUUCUAUGGGGCAAUACCGACCCCAAGUGGUCACUGUGAGAAAAAGCUUCAAAUGGGAUAAUACUGCUGAUGCUCAUUACAUGGUGGGAAAAUAAAAGCUCUGGGUGUCAUACAGAGAAAAAACUAAAGGGAGAUUGGGAAAUUGACUGUUAGAUUCAUAAGUCAGUAGUUCACUGAUUGUUUUUCUAGAGCCAUAGCGUGACCUCCUCUCCGCCUUGGGCCCACCUGUAAAGGGAGUCCUGAGGAGAGGCCUCCAUCUGACCAAAAGCAACCGCCCUGACCUGGUUUGCCGGGACUCAGUUUGUACAUUAGACAAAUACUCUCUGACUCCCCCCGCCAGUCUCACUGCCAUCACAACUAACCAUGAUAAAAAUGUCACAGCUUCAUUUAUUCUCUGCAUAGAGCUGAUCUGCAAACGAUCAGGUCCUCUCUAGAGAAGCAAAACUUUCUUUCUUGUGGUCUUAGCAGGUUUAAUCUAUGCAUGCCUUUUGUAUACAGUGAUUGGUCUUGCCAAACUCUCAUCUACACCUGUAUGGAGAGCUAUGGGUGCCAUUGUUGCUGGCCAUGGGACGGGUUGAAACAGACUUUCUGUAACAGCAGGUGGGACCAUCGAAGGGUUUUUAAUCUGGUACAGUUCAAAGCGAGGGGCAUGUAAUCUGCUGCAUUUACGGAUAUUUAAAGACGUGUGCAUCUUACAAAAAGAAGCAUUUGUUUACUUGGGAUGAUUGUACUUUUACACAUAUCUAUCCACACACAGAGGAUGUGUAAGCUGUAGAUAAAUUGAUAUUCUAAGCAGGAUGGUGGGACUGAUCAAUGCCGUAUGGGGAUAGGAUUAUUAAUGGCAUUCUAUCAUUGAUCUAUCUUGAACCUUGCCACUCUCCCAGAAUCCCUCUGGAGUAGGAGGAGGCGUACAGAGCUCUUACAGACCUGGUUGGCACUCAUUCCUAGGUUUCCACAGAUGUUUUUUUCCUCUUUUAAGAACGAGAUGGUGCCACAUUUCCGACUCUUUUUCCCCCAGGUCUGAGCCGAUGUAACGCUCUCUUACCUCUCCCGCUCUUCAGAGGAAGCUGUCACUGUGGUAUAGCUCUGUAUUUGUUGGAGCCCUGUAAUGGAAAACAUAGUCUGUUUCCUUAAAUUUAGCUGGGGUAAACGUAUUCUCUCCUCUUUCUCUCUUCUCUCUCUGUCUUUUCUCUCUGUCUUUCUAUCAACUUGGCACCGACCUCGUUAAACAUUUCAGAACGUUUUUAUCGACCACUUUUAGUUUUUUGCACUAAUGCACAAUUGUUCCCCGUUGACACGGUCGUUACUGACUCCUGAAACCUAGGAAUGGGUGCUGAGCGCUCCACACAAAUGCAGAGCUAACACAAAGACAAGCCUAUUGGAGUGAACCAUCAUUAAAGCCUAUGACCGGCUCAUAGUAGUAUAUUUGUCAGUACCAAAUUUGGACUCUCAUCCUCUUUGGCCGCAUCUGUACCUGAAUUAUAAAAUUAAUGUGUGGAUCCUUGGAUGUGAAGAACAGAAACUGUACAUAUUAGAUCUAUUAGCCAUAUCAUGUCAUCAAAUCUGUAGACCUCCUUGCCAUGUCUGACAGAGGAAAAUGACUGUUGAACUGUAAAUAGUGUAGGUAUAGUAAUAUAGGAUUUAACUGCUGCUUCUUUUCUCCAGGGAUCACCCAUGUUUUGCUCAGUCCCAUGGCUGCUUGGUCUCAAAAGGGAGGGGUGAGACACUAAUGUACUUGUCUAUAGACAUAUCGUUUCUUUUUUUAUUUCAAUGUAUGUUUUAUAUACCGUCUGUCUUGUAAAUGAACUCCUUUUCGUCAUAAAAGCAUGAUGUGACUCCGUC